UAUUAUAAAGGAGAGGUGACAGGCUUCAAACUGAAAGAACCAUCUCCCCUCAAGUCUGGAGAUUCUUUUCAUCCUACAGAUAUUCUCACUGCUGUCUUCUGGAUUCAUCCUUAGAGUGACAUACAAUGGGAUUCUAUAGGCAGUGCUUCAUUGGACUCUUUGCCUUGCUACUCACUGCUCAUUGUGAGCCAGAUCCUGGCUUAGACAACCACUGGCGACUGUGGGUGAAGACACACAAGAAACUCUAUAAGAACGAGGGAGAAGAACUUGUGAGACGUUUAAUCUGGGAGGACACCUUGAAAUUUAUCAUGCUUCAUAACCUAGAAUAUUCCAUGGGACUUCACACCUAUGAAGUUGGAAUGAACCAUCUGGGUGAUAUGACUGCUGAGGAGAUGACUGACAAACAAAUGAAUUUCAGACCUUCAGAAAUUGCCAAUACUACGGGUCUUCCAGUAGAAAUAUCAAAGUCCACUCCCCCAGAAUCAAUAGACUGGAGGAACAAGAACUGUGUGACCAGUGUGAAGGACCAAGGGUCAUGCAUGUCUAGCUGGGCAUUCAGCAGCAUAGGAGCAAUGGAGUGUCAAAAUAUGAGGAAGAGAACAGGAAAGUUGGAGUCACUCAGUGUACAGAACCUACUGGACUGCUCACAGAACUAUGGAAAUAAUGGCUGUAAAGGGGGAUGGGCGGUUUCCUCCUUCAGAUACAUCAUCGACAACGGUAUUGAGUUGGAGUCUAUUUACCCAUACCAAGGAAAGGAUGGUAAAUGCUCCUACACUCCAGUGAAGAAAGCUCCUCGCUGCACCUCUUACAGACAGUUGCCUUAUGGUAAUGAAGCAACCCUUAAGCAAGUGGUUGGACUAAUGGGGCCAGUGUCUGUGGCCAUAGAAGGCAGCAGAAAGACAUUCCGAAUGUAUAAAAGUGGUGUUUAUUAUGACCCAAACUGCGGUGGCUCCACAAUUGACCAUUCAGUUCUUGUAGUUGGAUAUGGAGCAGAAGAUGGAGUGGAGUACUGGCUGGUCAAGAACAGCUGGGGAACAUCCUUUGGGGAUGAAGGCUACAUUAAAAUGGCAAGGAACCGCCACAACAACUGCGGCAUUGCAAGCUUUGGCUGCUUCCCAGUCAUUUAAUUACAUUUAUUUACAUUGAUUGGAUUGUUUAUAUUUUUAAUCCAGUAAAAGAAAUAGAUUUAGGCAAGAUCAAAGCAUCUGUGUCCAAUGCAUGGUACCUAUGGUGUAUGGGUGGAGCUGGUUUUGGCUACAGGGCUUCUGCUACUACAUUGUAUGCUCAGUGUGACAACGGUCUAUAGAUGACUAUUAAAGGAGAAGGAAA